AAAGGUCAUGAAUGAGGCGCAUGGCGGCGGUAGAAUGUAAAUAACACUGGCAAAGGUGAACUAUCGGACUUUAUAGAUAAACUUACUUUAUUUUUUUAAUUGAACUUUAAUACCAGAAACAGGAGCUAUGAGAGUCCUGAGUGGGACAGCACGGUGUAUUUUAUACACACGCUCCCGGUGCUCACCGCUAGGGGGCAGCAGAGGGUUCUGGGGCUGGCUCAACGCUGUCUUCAACAAGGUUGAUUAUGAGCGGAUUAAGGGAGUUGGUCCGGACCGUGCAGCCGCCGAGUGGCUCCUAAGGUGUGGCGCCAAAGUUCGUUUCUGUGGUUUUGACCGCUGGCAGCAUGAUUACAACGGGCUCCCAACCGGGCCGCUGGGUCGAUAUAAAAUCCAGGCCAUCGAUGCUACAGAAUCCUGCAUCAUGUACCGUGGAUUCGAUUACCUGGAUGGUCUGGAGCAUGUAGAGGAGAUAAAGCUGCGAAAGUGUAUAUAUAUAGAGGACGCGUGUCUGGAGCGUCUGAGUAAGACAGUGAGUCUGCAGAACAGCAUGAGGACGAUGGAGAUUGUUUCCUGUGGCAAUGUGACCGACAGAGGCAUCAUCGCUCUUCAUCACCUAACGAACUUGGAGUACUUGUUCCUCAGCGACCUGCCAGGUGUCAAAGAGAAACAUAAAACAACAAACACACUGCAAACCGCACGACCCAAACUCACCAUAGAACUUGACCUGGCUUAGCCAAUCGGAGCUUUCUUUGCAGCCUCGACUUACAACUCAGAGACCUGAGGAGGGAUGCGAUGAUACUUACAAAAAUAAUUAAUGUUUAAAUUUUCUGUCGUCUUGAGGAAUUGCUCUGUGAAGUGUAGCAUUAAAGAAGCAAAGUUAUGUUGAAUGUUCACUACUA